GGGCCCGGGAGAGCGCGCGCGAGCUUGAGAGAGCGCGGGCGCGCUCAGCACCAAAGCGAGGAACCAGAUCUGGGGCCAGGCUGCGGGCGCGCGCCUCGCUCCUACUGAGGCCCCGCCCCCAAGCCGGAGCAAGGGCGGAGUGUAACCCAAUUGCACCGAAUCCCGGGCUGCCUGUGGCCUUUGCAUCGCUGCCGCCCCGGAAGGUACCUGAGCAUUAAGGCUUCCUGCGUCCUGGUGGCGAGAGUCUUCAGCGGAUCCCACCUACGGAUCGUCCCCCCGGCUUGCACUAUUUGCGGCUCCGCCCCCUAGAGAGCCAAGGGAGAGGCAGUGCCUGUGUGGGACCGCGGAACUCUGCGGCGCCCAGAACGUGGAAAUAAUUUGAAAGUACACUAUGAAAGCAUUUGUCGUUGGAAUUAGUGGUGUAACAAAUGGUGGGAAGACAACCCUGGCCAAAAAACUCCAAAAACAGCUCCCAAAUUGCAGCGUGAUCUCACAGGAUGAUUAUUUUAAGCCAGAGUCUGAGAUCAAGAUUGAUGAGAAUGGAUUUCUGCAGUAUGAUGAACUUGAAGCUCUCAAUAUGGAAACACUGAUGUCUGCUGUCUACUCCUGGAUAAAAAAACCCCAAAAUUCCCUAGAAUCAGACGACUUGAAAAGUGCUGAAGAAAUCCCUAUUUUAAUUAUUGAAGGUUUCCUUCUAUAUAAUUAUAAGCCUCUUGAUACUGUAUGGAAUAGAAGCUAUUUUUUGACCAUUCCAUAUGAAGAGUGCAAACGAAGAAGAAGCACCAGGGUCUACGAACCACCAGAUCCUCCAGGAUACUUUGAUGCGCAUGUGUGGCCAAUGUAUUUAAAACACAGAAGAGAAAUAGAAGACAUCAAAAGGAAUAUAGUUUAUUUAGAUGGUUCAAAAUCUGAGGAAGACCUUUUUUCACGGGUCUAUAAUGACCUGAUAGAAGAACGAGAAAAACAGAAAUGUCUGCAGAUAACUCCCGAGGUACUUUCCGACUCAACAUCUAGGAUCCUAUGAAUAACAUCAAAAGGGGAUUCAUCAGAGUUCUUUUUAAUAUGGAUCAGAAAAUUCAGUCACAUAACCAAGAGAAUGAUAAUACAGUCACCACUAGAGUGUAAAAGAAAAAAUACUAGGUGAUUUCAAGUGACUAAAAUGACCAGUCUUGGUUCCAGAAGACUGAUGUUGAAAUAUGCCUUUCUUAUCUUGGCAGAGAGAUGAUGGACUAAAGGUGUGGAAAGCUGCAUAUCUGUAAAUGCCAUUAUCUGAUGGUUAGUGUGUUGGGGGUCAGAGGAUGGGGAAGGCCUUGUUCAACAUGUUUUUUUUUUUAGUUUUUUUAAUGAGAGUAUUAAUAUAUGGGAAUAUUAAGAAGUGACAAUGAUGUAGGAAAAAAAUUAAAAUCAUCAAUAGGAUAUUGAAAGAGAGUGAACCAAAAUUAUUUUUAUUCUAAAAGUUCAAUAUCUUGAUAUUGUCAGCUCCAACUGACUCUUGGCCCUGAUGGUGUGAAGCACAUAUGAAAAGGAGUUAGCCUCCAAAAGUCUUUAAGCAAAUAAAAGUAUCAUCUACCAUCUGCAUGCACCAGGUCCUCCACAACUUCCCUACUCCCUGCAAUGGGCUUGUGUCUCUAUUUUAAAAGACGUUUCCCUUGUCCUUACUACUCACUGAAAUCAUCAACUCAAUCACCUUACCUCCCCUUCAGUGCCAAAAGUCUAGAAAGAAGAAUUUACAUUUGCUAUCUUCUUUGAUUCAUUUCUUUGCAAUAUGGCUUCUGUAUUCCUUACUCUACUAAAACAGCUUUUUUUCACAGUUACUAAGAAAUAUAAACUCAAUGGUUUCUUGUAGAUCCUAAUCCUUCUUGAUUUUUCUAUCUUAUUUGGGCAAUCCCUCUUUCUCGAUAGCUGCUCAUGCUUCUCUUUUGUUAGUUUCUUCUCUGGUAUUUUAAUGUAGAUGUCUCCCAAAUGUCUGUCCUUGCCCCUCAUAUCUUCUCUUCCUAUAUUUAAUGAUGUCAUCCAUUCCUGUUUUCAAUUAUCACCUCUCCAGAUGAAACCCAAACUGUAUUUUUCCCAACCUCUCCCUAAAACUUCUACCUUACAGCUCUAACUUUUGCUAGAUGUCUCUCCUUGGGUAGCUUGGCAGUACUUUAAAUUCAAAUGUUAAAAGCUGAACUCAUGUUCUCCAAAAUUUAUCCUUCCUCCCAAUUUCUUUGUUUCACUUGAUGGUGUCUCCAUCCUCCUGAUUGCUCAGUUUAAGUAUCUUAAAAUUUAAUUCUUUCCUAACAUUAACCCUCACAACACAUACCCAGUCAUUUGCCAAGUUUUAAUUUUAUCUCCACAAUAUUUGUCUAGUCCAGUCCCUCCUUUCCACU